UUUCUAUGCACCCUUUGUCCGUGACUCACAGCAUUCCAGGAGCUGAGAGGCAGCAGCCAUGCUCCCUUCCCAGCCUCUCCUGCACACUGCAGUGUUUGCACUCACAAUCCUUCAGGCCCUCGCCUCCAACACCUUCAUUGCAGCCGUCUACGAGCACGCGGUCAUCCUACCAGAUGCCACUCUUCAGCCCGUGUCACCUGAGGAGGCUUUGGCCCUGAUGAACAAAAACAUGGAUGUCUUGGAAGGGGCCAUCAAGGCAGCUGCCCAGCAGGGUGCCCACAUCAUUGUGACUCCUGAAGAUGGCAUUUAUGGCUGGCGUUUCACAAGAGAAACCAUCUACCCCUACCUGGAGGAUAUUCCUGAUCCUGCAGUGGACUGGACUCCCUGCACCGACCCCACAAGAUUUGCUCCUGCUCCAGUACAGAAACGACUCAGCUGCAUGGCCAGGAAUAAUUCCAUCUAUGUGGUUGCAAACAUUGGGGACAAGAAGCCAUGUAACUCCAGUGAUCCCAGUUGCCCCAGUGAUGGUCGCUACCAGUACAACACUGAUGUUGUCUUUGACCCAAAGGGGAAACUGGUGGCUCGUUACCACAAGUAUAACCUGUUCAGAGGAGAAACUCAGUUUAAUUACCCAAAAGAGCCAGAAGCCAUCACCUUUGAGACCCCCUUUGGGAAGCUGGGCAUUUUCACAUGCUUUGAUAUCCUUUUCCAUGAGCCUGCCGUGAUCCUAGUGAGUGAGUUGCAGGUGGAUACUGUGCUCUUCCCAACAGCUUGGAUGAAUGUCCUGCCAUUUCUGACUGCAGUUGAGUUUCACUCUGCCUGGGCUAUGGGCAUGGGAGUCAAUUUGCUUUCAGCAAAUACUCAUAACAUUGGCUCAGCAAUGACAGGGAGUGGGCUGUUCACACCAGAGGGACCUGUGGCCUACUAUUACAACAGUGAGACAGAGGAGGGACAUCUCCUGCUAGCAGAGCUGAGUGCACGUCCCCGUCUUUCCCCCACCUACCCCCCUCCCAUCAACUGGAGCUCCUAUGCCACAAGCAUCAAGAAAUUUCCAGGAGAAAAAGACACUUUUUCAGCAGCUGUCCGUCGGGAUGUAUUCACUUUCACUGAGCUCAGAUACAAAGCUGGAAAUUACACUGUUUGCCAAGGAGAUCUGUGCUGCCAUUUGGUCUAUCAGAUGUCGAACAAGAGCAAAGAUGAAGUUUAUGUCCUGGGUGCAUUUGAUGGACUUCAUGGCUCUCUCAUUAAAUACCAUUGGCAGAUAUGCACACUGCUCAAGUGCAAGAGCCCAGACCAGAACACAUGUGGGCAGCCGGUGGAGAUGGCUCAGACCACGUUUGAGAUGUUCUCCCUCAGUGGCACCUUUGGCACCAACUAUGUCUUUCCAGAAGUCUUGUACAGCGGAGUGCAGCUGGCCCCUGGCGAGUUUGAGGUGCUACGUGAUGGACGUUUGAAAAGUAAGCAUGCCACAUCAAAACCACUUGUAACAGCAACACUUUUUGGAAGGCUUUAUGAAAAGGACCCCCUGCAUCCUCUGAGAACCUCCCCACAGCACGGCUCCUUAGCUGCUACACGUGCACCAUAGAUAGGAGGGGAAUUACCCUGCUGGGAUCCAUCUCUUCCUGAGCUGUGGCAAUUUUCCUGUAUCAUUCCUCUUCUGCAGUCUUGCCUUUCUUCUCAGCAGCAUGCCAAUUGGUUUUAUGCAGGAGAAAGCAAUGUGAUCACUUUCUUAUGCAUGCAUGCAUUUUUAAUGGUGGUUGAGUGAAUGCAAUUAUUUUUUUCAGUAUGAAUGCUUUUGUCUCAUGAAAUCUUUCAUUAGAAUUUUUUUUUUCCAAAGAUAUAAUGCAGAUUGCCAGGAUAACACUGGAAAGAGCACCAAUGUUUAAACAUGAAGUUUACCAGUUUGCUCCAGAACAAGUCUUUCCCAACGCAGCCUUUCUCUUCCUUUGGCCCUUCCCAUUUUUCAGACUGUACAAGCACAAAGUGUCCAUGUUUCUCAGUCUUAAACACUAGUUGAUGCAGCUU